AGAGGAAGGAGGGGGCCGGGCCAGUGCCGGCCAGGGUGGAAGAUGGCGUUGUCGGCGCUGCAGCUGGCCCAGCUGGCCCUGCAUGGCGCUGCCUUCCUCUGCGGCAUCAUCUGCGCCUCGGCCCUCACUGUCACCCAGGGGCAGUUUGGCGGGCACUGCAUGCUGUACGGGGAGGUGCGCCCCAACGGGUCGAAGCUGAUGCUGGCGGCCGACAGCCCGGCCUCGCUGUGCUACUUCGUCUCGGCCGUGGCCGUGGUGGCGGCCCUGGCCGCCUUCUCCGCCCUGCUUCACAGCAUCUACAGCUGCUGCGUGGACGAUGGGCUGUGCAGGGACAGAACCUGGCUUGGGGUCGCCCUAGUAGCCUCGGCCUUCAUCCUCUUCUUCCUCAUGGUGGUGGCCUGCAUCCUGGAGGCGGGCAUCAAUGCCCUGUGCCGCUCCAUGCUGCAGAUGAAGCUAGUGCCCAGCUGCCGGGACGCCCAGGACCGCGUGUGGGUAGCGGCCGACAGCAGCCGGUUUUAUGACAACCUGUACAGCACCAAGGCUACUGCGUGGGUGAAUUUCUUUUUUUGGGGCCUGCUGCUGGCCGUGCUGCUCCUCCAGCGCCGCCAGGACGCCCCCUUCCGCCUCCUGAGCCGCAGGGACCCCGAGUGGAGCGCCGAGACCGAGGCCAUCAUCGGGGGCCGGGGGCCUCGGCACUGAGAGCGCCCCCCCGGCAGACCCUCUUCUCCUCCCCUCUCUGCCCCCUCCAGCCUCCCAUGCCCGCUGCCGCCCAGGCCACUGGCUCCGGGCAAGGGGGGGCCCUAGACCCAGCCCCACGGAGCAGAGGGGCUGGAGACACCGGGAGCCCCCCGGCUUUGGGCUCUGACAAGCCCGAAGCCGUCCCGACACUGGAGCCAAAGUGCCGCGAGGCCAGGGGCCAAAGCACCCCGGACUGGGGCAGGCGGUCUCCAGCACUAGUUGCCCCAGGGUGGAGGGGGGGGGUUUGUAUCCCGAGCCGUGCCUCUUUUGUACCAAAACCUCCAUUAAAAAAGCUGCUUCUCCCCA